UCGUGACGUAUCGUACGGCCGCCGGGAGAAGUUUGAAAAUAUACGUGAAACUUUUUUCCCAUCACACAUUCAUUGUCAGAUAUUGUUAAAUUUGUUCAUUCCCGGCACAUUUAAACGGAUUUCUACAAAGACCAAGAUCAACGGAACAGUUCAAAACAGUGAACGCUUAUUUUCAGGCAGCGAUGUCCUCCCCAGGUGAAGAGGCUCCAGCCGGUGUAUCUGCUGUCCUGUCCUCUGCAUUUUCAGCUGCCCUGUCAGCCGCCAUGGCGGUUGCCAUGGCCGUGGAUGCCAAAGCAGAUCUUGGCACCCUACUAGACGAAUGGGAAGAAGCACGGUGGGGCACCACAGAGAGACUGGUGUCCAUCCUAACCAAAAUAUCUGAGCUGAUUGAGCGGGAGACAGGAGAAUACUACAAAUCAGACCCUGAUCUGUUUGAUGAUCGUCAUCCAGGUCGAGCAGAUCCAGACUGUAUGCUGGGACAACUACUGAAAAUGCUGUUUAUGAAUGAUGACUUCACUAAUGCGCUUUUGGACACAUAUAUAAUGAGCAGCAGGGAGCUGAGCCUCAACACGGCAGCGUGUCGCCUCCUUCUGAGCAUCAUGCCUGGCCUGGAAACUGCUGUAGUCUUCGAAGAAAAGGAAGGUCUGGUGGAGAAGUUGUUCAACUGGGCCUGUGAAGCAGAGCGGCCGCUGUGCGUUUACGCCACUGGCCUGCUCGCCAGAGCCAUGAGCAACCAGGAAAUGGCGGCCAACUACAGAGAGCAGAACGCCAAACUGGUACCAAUCAUGAUUAAGCGUCUGCAGGACCUGCAAACUGCAGAGGCUGUCGGUCACUUAAGUCCCACCCAAAACCUCUACAGUCUACCUCAAGACUCUCAGGAUGAAGCCACCCACACCUCAAGUGUCGCAGCAGACCAGGAAAACAAGACGGAUGGGGAAGAUGCAGGUGAGGAGGAAGAGAGAAAAAAAAGAGAUGGCGAGAGAAGCAGUUCAGCUUCAAAAGCUAAACCCCCAGCCCUGCUGUGCUCAGCCCAGAAAUAUGGUGGCUCGAGCAGCAGCUCCACCCGACUGCAUCCAGACUUUGUUUACCAAGCAAGUCCAGACCCUGCAACCUUGGAAAUGGAGGACACUCAGGGAGGAGGAGGAGGGGGGAAGAGACGGUCUGUUAAAGAGAAUGGGAGGAGAGUCAAGCAGAAGCUCAGCUUUACCAGCAGGACUGCAGAGGAGGCAGAGAAAACUAAUACAAGCGAACAGGCAACCAGCAGCUCAUCCUGGUCUGAGAUGAGUGCGAUGGUGAUUGGCUCCGAAUACUGCCUUUCACCGCUGAGCCCAGCCAUGGAGCAGAGGCUCAUCCUGCAGUAUCUGACACCACUUGGAGAUUAUCAGGAGUUGCUUGCCUUCUUCAUGAAACUGGACACCCGAUCACUGCUGAUGAACUACAUAGAUCUCAGGCGGACCAAGAACGUUCAGCUCACCUUUGACGCCCUUCUGUAUCUUGCCUCACUGCUGCUCCAUAAGAAGUUUGCUGCUGAAUUCAUUGAUCAUGGAGGAGUUCAGGAACUUCUUGAGAUCCCGAGGCCUUCUAUGGCAGCAACAGGAGUUUCCCUCUGCCUGUACUACUUGGCCUACAACCAAGAUGCAAUGGAGAGGGUGUGCAUGCUCCCAGAUGGCGUGCUGUCAGACAUGGUGUCUUACGCCCUGUGGUUGUUGGAAUCGUCCCACGCUUCAGGCGUCUGCCACGCCACCAUGUUUUUCUCAAUUUCCUUCUCAUUUAGGGCAGUGUUGCAGCUCUUCGAUGAGCAGGAUGGCCUGCGCAGGCUCGUCAAUCUGAUCAGCACUUUGGAGAUCCUUAACAUAGAGAAUGAGGUAUCCAUAAUGAGUGAUGACCAGGUCUUCUCCAGCCGACAGAAAGCCAAGCACACCUGCAUGGCACUGCGCAGGUACUUCGAGGCUCAUCUCGCAGUUAAGACUGAACAGGUGAAACAGUCCCUGCACACAUCAGACAGCGGCACCAUUGUUCCCCAGCAGCCCUUUUACAAGGCUUACUCAUACACCAGAGAACAGAUAAUUGAAAUGAUGGAGUUUCUUAUUGAGUGCGGACCUCCUCAGCUCCACUGGGAGCCAGUAGAAGUAUUCUACAAGUUGUCCUGUGUUCCUUUAAUGCUGCAGCUCAUAUCUACAGCCUGUGACUGGAAGACCUACUAUGGCAGGAGCGACACAGUGCGCUAUGCUUUGGACAUCCUGGCCAUCCUGACAGUGGUUCCUAAAGUCCAGCUGGUCUUGGCUGACACUGUUGAUGUUUUGGAUGAAAACAGGUCCUCUGUUUCCACUGUGGGUAUGAGCAUCAUUCUGGGUGUUGCUGAGGGCGAGGUGUUUGUUAAUGAUGCUGAGAUCCAGAAGUCUGCACUACAAGUGAUAAUAAACUGUGUGUGCGCUCUAGACCAAAGCUUAAACACUGUUGGUACUUUUGCUGUUGCCCCUCUGAGGCAGUCCCUUCACCCCCAGCAGCCCCCUACUCCCCACAACAGGGUGCUGGCCCACAUGUGGCAAGUAGUACAGAAAAAUAAUGGUAUAAAGGUGCUUCUAUCCCUGCUGUCAGUGAAGAUGCCCAUCACAGAUGCAGACCUGAUCCGUGCUCUGGCCUGCAAGGCUCUGGUUGGACUUUCUCGCAGCUCUGCGAUCAGGCAGAUCAUCAGCAAGCUGCCGCUCUUCACCAGCAGUCACAUUCAACAACUGAUGAAGGAGCCAGUGCUGCAGGACAAACGAAGUGAGCACGUCCGUUUCUGCCGUUAUGCCGCUGAGUUGACUGAGCGAGUGUCUGGUAAACCUCUCCUCAUGGGCACCGAUGUCUCGCUGGCUCGUCUGCAGAAGGCUAACGUGGUCGCACAGUCACGCAUCACGUUUUCUGAGAAAGAACUCCUCAUACUGAUCAGGAACCACCUCGUGACCAAAGGGCUCCAUGACACAGCAAAUACACUUGUUAAAGAAGCAAAUUUACCAGUAGCUGCCCUCUGCGCAAACACCUCCUCUUCCUGCGUCACCCCUCCCCCUUCUGCGUCACCAAUACCCAGGACUUCUCGGUUAGCGAGUGGUAUUGUAGCUCGUAUUGCCAGCCAUGUUGGAACAUCUCCUAUCUCAGCCUCUAUUGCUUCCUCCUCUCCUCGAUCCCUUGUCAUUCCUCACCCAUCAUGCUCCUUUGCAUCUACCUCUGCUCUCUCAACCCCUCCUCCUCAUUCCCAUUCUCAUCCUCAUCCUGCGCCUCCCGGGCAGGCCUCGCACCCUGUUGGUCGGAUCUUGUUCACGCGGGAACGCCCAGCAGCCAACUGCAACUCAGGGAAAAAACCUCGUGCACUAAAACAGAAGUCUGACCAUGGUGCUUUUAUACAGACUCCAGCUAUGAAGAAGCAGUUGGAGCGCCACCUUCCUUCUCCGCCGUCUCUGGACAGCAUCAUCACAGAGUACUUGAGGGAACAGCACGCUCGCUGCCCCAAUCCUGUCACCACCUGCCCUCCUUUUUCCCUUUUCACCCCACAUCGCUGCCCAGAGCCCAAACAGAGGCGACAGGCUUCGCCCAAUUUCACUGCCCGCCUGGGAAGCAGGAUGUUGUACCCAAAGUAUGGAGGCGUGGACCGAGGGUGUCUGGAUAGACACCUGAUAUUUAGCAGAUUUCGCCCAAUGUCGGUUUUCCACGAGGGCGACGGAGACGAGAGCAGCUUCACCUGUUGUGCUUUCUCAGCCCGCGAGAGUUUCCUGAUGCUGGGAACCUGCUCAGGCCACCUCAAAUUCUACAACAUCUUCUCUGGAGAGGAGGAGGCCAACUACACCUGUCACACUUCAGCCAUCACACACCUUGAGCCCUCCAGGGAUGGGAAAUUGCUGCUCACCUCUGCCUCUUGGAGCGUCCCCCUGUCAGCUCUUUGGAGUAUGGACGAUGUCUUUAGCAUGAAAAACUCCUUUGCAGACGAUCACUAUGUUGAGUUUAGUAAGCUCUCUCAGGACCGAGUCAUCGGCACCAAAGACCAAGUUGCACAUAUCUACGACAUCCAAACAGGUCAGAAGACCCUGACUCUGAAUGACACCGCCCUGGCCAACAACUACAAGAGGAACUGCGCUACCUUCAAUCCCACUGAUGACCUGGUGCUAAAUGAUGGGGUGCUUUGGGAUGUGCGAGCAUCCCAGGCCAUCCAUAAGUUCGACAAGUUCAACAUGAACAUCAGUGGGGUUUUCCAUCCUAAUGGCCUUGAGGUCAUCAUCAACACAGAGAUUUGGGAUCUUAGGACCUUCCAUCUCCUCCACACUGUUCCUGCCCUGGACCAGUGCAGGGUGGUCUUUAACAGUAGUGGAACCAUUAUAUAUGGAGCAAUGCUACAAGCUGAUGAUGAGGAUGAUGUUAUGGAUCAACAGAUGAAGAGUCCAUUUGGUUCAUCCUUUAGAACGUUUGAUGCCACAGACUACAAGCCCAUUGCGACAGUGGAUGUGAAGAGGAACAUAUUUGAUCUGUGUACUGAUACCAAGGACUUUUACCUUGCUGUCAUAGAGAAUCAGGACACAGUCAGCUUGGACACAGUUUGUCGUCUUUACGAAGUGGGACGACAGAAACUGGCCGAGGAAGGAGAUGAUGACGAGGAUGAUGAAGACCAGGAUGACGAUUCCUCAGACACAGAUGAUGAUGAUGACGACGAUGAUGACAUAGACACAGACCCACUUAUAGAAGAACUUGUCAAUAACAAUGGGCCAGCAAACCAGGACCAAGCGACCUCCCCUGCAGAUGAGGAGAUUGCAGGAGGUCUUAGCAGCAGCAGUGACAAUGACAACAGUAACGACGAUGAUGAUGAAGACUCGGAAGAUUCAGAUCAUUCAUAUGAUACUGGUGAAGAAUCAGACCUGUUAAACCCUGAAGACAUAGAAUUCUUCAGAGUAGAAUCAGAAGAUGAAGACUGAGUGAUGCAUCAUUGACACGUGGUUCUCCUGACCCUGAAGACGAUGCCCCCUUGCUGACAAUGUGAAGCUCAAGGACUGUUUUUUUGUUCCUAUUUAAAUGAUUGUCUCUUUAUUUCAUCAGGCAAGUUGACUGUGAGCACACUGAUGUAAACACUGAUGUCCUGCAGGAUAAUAGAAAUCAGCACUAUGUGUCUCUGAACAUAUUUCUUAAACUGAAGAGAGUCUAUCUAAAAGUUCACCGGUCUCAGCUACAUUUGCUGUCUCCCAUUUUUUCAAUAGAGUAUUUAUUAGUUUUUCAGUGUUUUACUUGGCUCUUUGCUUCUGCUGCAGAAGUGAUGCUCUGCUCAGGGGAGGACUACUUUUUCAGGUUUUAUAGUUCACAUUUGAACUGGCAAAGCCACUUCCUCAUGUAAAAAUAAUAAUUUAAAAAAUCUAAUGUCCUAAUUAUUUUUAGAGAAUUUUUUUAUUUCAACAUCGAAGCAGCAUGCAGUCUUCCAAAUAUGCAUUUUUUCCUCUUUGAACAUGUGAUUGUAGCUCAAAGCCAAAUAUUCAUGUGAUAAAGGUGGAACAACAAUGACCUCACUUUAGUAAUUUUACAGAAAAUAAAUCUUUUUCAGCCUCUGAUAUAGAAAAUUUAAGGUCAGUAGAAUUUUAUGUGCAUAUAUAACGAUGCUCUCCGUAAGAAGUGUUCAAAAAUGUUCAUAUAUUUAUGUUCCUUCAAAUUUCUGAUUUACAUAAUACAGAUUGUAUCUUUGCAAAAUCUGUCAUUAGAUGUGUUUUUAUUUAUUUAUUUGAAAUGGGAGAUGUUGGUAUACUUCAUCAGUAUUAAAGAUUUUAAACUUACACCAGGCAAAAUCAAACCAUUGUUC